CCCAGCCGAAGGGCUCUCUGCGCCAUCUAGUCAGAGAUAUUAAAAUUCGCAGGAUGGAUAAAUAUAAAGCUCUGGAACAAUUGCUCACAGAACUUGAAGAUUUUCUGAAGAUACUAGAUAAGGAGAACCUUAGCAGCACAGCUGUAGUGAAAAAGAGCUUUCUUGCUGACCUCCUUCGGCUGUGCACAAAAUCAAAUGGUGGUGAUGAGGAAUACAUUUACAUGAACAAAGUCACCAUCAAUAAACAACAUGGUGAACCUGAGAAAGCAGAUAAAGUGCUAGGUCUCAGAGACUUUUUGACCAAUGGGGAAGUGGAACAGCAUUUGUCUCCUCCUCAGAAGAGUUUGCCGGACCUUCCACCUUCAAAAAUAAUUCCAGAAACAAAACUGCAUUCAGGCCCCAAAACAGAGUCUCCAGAAGGGUACUAUGAAGAAGCUGAGCCCUUUCGCAUCUCUGUAAAUGGUCUUUAUGGUAGGCUUGCAGCUACUGGAUCCAGACCAGGGUUGCAGGUUACCGAGGGAGUAAUAUAUGCCACAAUUACUAUGGAUGAUGGAGAAGCGGUCAGCAGCUCCUAUGAAUCCUACGAUGAGGAAGAGAGCAGUAAAGGCAAGUCAGCCCCCCAUCAAUGGCCUUCCCCUGAAGCUUCCAUUGAACUCAUGAAAGAUGCCCGGAUCUGUGCUUUCCUCUGGCGGAAGAAAUGGCUGGGCCAGUGGGCCAAGCAGCUUUGUGUGAUUAAGGACAACAGAUUGCAGUGCUACAAGACUUCCAAGGACCACAAUCCCCAGCUGGAUGUUAAUUUGUUGGGCUGCAGCGUCAUCCACAAGGAGAAGAAUGUGAGGAAGAAGGAGCAUAAGCUGAAGAUCAUCCCAAUGAAUGCAGAUGUAAUUGUGCUGGGCUUGCAGAGUAAGGACCAGGCCGAACAAUGGCUCAGAGUCAUCCAAGAGACAAGCGGUCUCUGUCCAGAUGGGCUGUGUGAAGGGAACCAAUAUGUUCCAGACUCCCAGCGGCUUUGUUAUCCCAAAGUGGAGCCAUCUGAGAGAUAUUCAGGGGCAUCAGAAAGCGGAAGCAGCACUGAUGGUCACAUAGAGCUGAUAGAAACUAAAGAUGCUAAGAAGAAAGGCACAUCUGGUUUAAAACUGAGCAAUUUGAUGAACCUUGGGAGAAAGAAAUCAGCCUCGCUGGACAGUCCUGAGAGAUCUUUGGACACUUGUACAUAUCUAAAUGUACUAGUGAACAGCCAGUGGAAAUCUCGAUGGUGCUAUGUGAAGGAUGGGCAGCUCCAUUUCUAUCAAGACAAGAACAGAAACAAAACUGCACAGCAGCCUCUGAACUUGAUAGGCUGUGAAGUUAUCCCAGACCCAAGUCCUGAACAUCUCUACUCAUUCCGUAUCCUGAAUAACGGGGAAGAGCGGGCCAUGUUAGAGGCCAAGUCUUGCGAAGAAAUGGGCCAUUGGCUCGGUCUCCUUUUAUCGGAAUCUGGCUCAAAAACAGACCCUGAAGACCUUACCUAUGAUUACGUUGAUGCGGACAGGGUUUCCUGCAUUGUCAGUGCAGCAAAGAAUUCAUUACUGCUAAUGCAGAGGAAGUUCUCUGAGCCCAACACUUAUAUCGACAACUUGCCAAAGGAAAAGGCAGAACUAGAAGAGCUCUAUGACGACGUGGACGUUCCAGAUGCAACAAUGGAGGAAGUGCCCCAAAUGGAAAGUAAAUGUGAGGGGGUGCCGGACAGAGUCUAUCUAGACCUCACUCCACUCCCAUCCUUCCUGCACAAUCCUGGCAAGGAGCCACUGUCCCCUACAGUUUCUCCGUCUUUGCAACGAGCCACCAGAAAGAGCUCGACGGGUUCUGAGAAAGACUCGGUGCUACAUAAAGAAGCCAAUUCACAGAGAAGAUCCGUGGAGACUCCGGACCAGAGACCUCCAGAUAUAGAUGAGCUGCUACUACUACCACCACCACCACCACGGACAACCGUGGUAAAAAUCCAGACCCAGCAGCAGCAAAUUGCCUUUCCACAGAGUGGCCCUGAGAGUAAAGACCCCACCACAACCGUGGCUGCACCCAAAGAAAAAAUGGACCGGCCCAAGGUGGUGAAUACAGCACCUGUCGAAACCAAACUGGGCAAGAACAGGACAGAGGCUGAAGCAAAGCGGUUCUCGGAAGAGAGGGAUCGCCUGGAGAAGGAAAAAGAAGAAAUCCGCUCUCAGCUGGCCCAGCUUCGGAAAGAGAAAAGGGAGCUGAAAGAGAUGCUGAUAAGCUGCACAGACAAGAGCCUGCUGUCCACCCUGGAGCAAAAACUGAAGGAAAUAGAGGAGGAGUGCAAAAGGAAGGAAGAUCAGCGUGUGGACUUAGAGCUGAAUCUUGUGGAAGUGAAGGAGAAUCUCAGGAAAGCAGAGUCUGGUCCUGUUACACUUGGCACCACUGUGGAUACCACACACCUGGAGAAUGCAAGCCCCAAAAUGAAAGCUGCCAACACGAUGAAUGGCACAGAAAACUCUCCAGUCAAUUCAGCAAUGGCACUAAAAAACCGGCCUUUAUCUGUCAUGGUCACAGGGAAAGGAACAGUUCUUCAGAAAGCUAAGGAAUGGGAGAAGAAAGGUGCUAGUUAAGAAAUCACAGCAUCAAGAAUGGGCUUAAGACUAGAACUGGACAUUCAUGGACUACAAUAUUCUAUUGCCUCUGGCUCAAAAGGUCCAGAUGAGGCAACGCAUGGCAAGCCAGUAUGCCGUGUCAUUUUGUCUAGAAGAAAUUACGGGCCUUGGCCAGAUUCCAGCAUGGCCUUCAUUAGAAUAAGGAUAUUGCUCCUUUUAGCAGAGAGUUAACACAAGUGGAAAUGUUGCUUCUAACCCAACUGAUAUCAUGAACAUGUUGCUGUACAUAAGGAUGCUUUUGUGUAUUUCUACUUUGGUAUUUUAUUAUUGUCCAAUCCAGGAUUUGUUGUUAGCAAUAGAACAUGGAGUAGUGGCUUCCAGCCAGAUCUGUUUAAUCUUUCUUUGAUACACCAGGGGAGUGUUUGGGGGAGGUCAGGGGUGGCAGGUAAAUUCAGACUUUUCCUUUGGAUAAGAGCUUUUCUAAACAACGAAGAAAAUUUGGGAGAAGCUCCAGUGUACCAAGCAACUCAGCUAAAAAGUAGCUGCUGUUAGGUGUGUGCAGAAGACAACCCGAUUUCCUAUAAAGAAUUCUUGACAAGAACAGAGUCCAGCUACGCAAGUUCCACAGCCUAACGUUGGUGCAAGGGACAGCUCUCUGCUGGAGAACUAGUAUCACUUGUGGCCCAGGGGGUUCAUGAACACCAAGGCAUUCCAGUGAGCUCAGAGAACCUCUGGAUAUACAAGGACUUCCCAGUGGACACCCACUGUGUGCAAACAUCUGUCCUGAACACUGAAGUGAAUUAAGGCGCUGUGCAUUGACUGUGUGGCUCAGUUUGUGGACUGAGACCAGAAAGUCAUGUAAAAACAGAUCACAAUUAAUUCUUAAGCCACUGCAACUGUCAUUGGCUCACACAGCUAACAGGCUAACAGUGAUUUAAAACACAGUAAAGGGAUGGCAUUUUUUUCAAAAUGUGUUUUAAGACCCUGAAGAUACACUUUACUGAAUUUGCAAUGCUUCAGGGUUGGAUCCAGACUUAGUCCUUCUUAGAGUAGGGCCACUGAAAUCAAUGGGACUUAAAUUAGUCAUGCUUAACUUACGUCCCAUUGAUUUCAGUGGCCCUACUCUAAGUUGCUCUAAGUCUGGAUCUAACCCAUAUAAUAGUGUCCUAUCUGAGCAGAUGCCACGGCAUUUGAUAGUCUGUACAACAGUCGGUGUGAUGCUUAUGCUGUAGGAAUGUUACCUUGACAUGUGGGGC